UGUAGAGUUUAAGUAUUUAGAAGAUCAUGAAAUUUGAAUAUAAUAUAAAUUUAUAAUAAAACUUUCUAUAUAUUAUAUAUGUGAAUAUGUAGAGUAAUUAAUACUAAUCAAAGCUUUAUGACCAUUAUAGGCGUUUAACAAUGUAUGGAGUGAAAAAGAAAAUUUUUUGGUUUGCUAUAAUUUCUCGGGCAUUAAUAUUAAUCUUACAAUUCCUUUUUAAUAUUAUAUGUCCUGAUCACAAUGCAGAUGCUUUUAGAAGCCCUCAAGAUAUUCAUGAAUAUGUUUCUAAUUAUGAUAUUAUGAUUAAAUUUAUAUUUGAUGGUUUAAUAAGAUGGGAUGGAGAAUAUUUUAUACAUAUAGCAAAAUAUGGAUAUACAUAUGAAAACAUGCUUGCUUUUUAUCCAUUAUAUCCUGCAACUAUUCGAAUUACUGCAAUAAUAAUAAGAAAGAUAUUUUUUGUAUUAAAUGUUCAUAGCUCUUUAGUUGUUGCAGCAAUAUUAAUUAAUUAUGUUUGUUUCGUUAAAUCAGUUUCUAUCUUUUUUGAUCUUAGUAAAAUAGUAUUGAAAAAUACUAAUACAGCAUAUAAAGCAGCAAUAUUGUAUUGCAUAAGUCCAGCUAAUAUAUUUUUUUCUGCUGCAUAUACUGAAUCAAUGUUUGCAUAUUUUACUUUUUAUAGCAUGUUAAAAAGUAUUAAGAAUAAUAUAUAUACAAUUAUUCCUUUGGGAUUAUCUACUCUUGUAAGAUCAAAUGGCAUUAUAAAUGUUGGAUUUUUGAUAUAUUUUAGAUUUAAAACUAUAUUUAAUAGAUUAACAGUAGAAAUUAAUUCUAAAGACAAAAUAUCCGUAAUAAAAUUAUGUAAUUUAGUUAUAAAAAAAAGAUUCAUACAAAGUAUGUUUCUAUUGUUUUUUAUAGUAAUUUUAACUUUAUUUCCAUUUAUUAUUUUACAAAUAUAUAAUUAUGUAACAUUUUGUAAAAUUACAUUAAAUGCGCCGAUAUUACCUACUCAUAUUAUAGAUUAUGCUACAAAAAAUAGUUUAGUAUUACAAUAUAAUGCUACUUCUACAUGGUGUCAUGCAAAAAUACCCAUAGCUUACUCUUAUGUACAAGAGAAAUACUGGAAUGUUAGUUUUUUAAAUUAUUAUAAAUUAAAGCAGAUUCCAAAUUUUAUUUUAGCUUUUCCAAUAUUAUACAUAAUGAUAAAAUGUAUUAUAGAAUUCUAUUCAGAACACAAAAUGCACUUUUUUUCUUUGGGUCUUAUAGAUAUAAAAUAUGAAAAAAAUACAUCAGAAAAGAAAUACCCGGCAGAGAUGUUUGUAUUUGUAAUACAUGGACUUUUUUUAACAGUAUUUUGUAUUUGUUUUGUACAUAUUCAAGUAAGUACACGUUUAUUAUGUUCUGCAAGUCCUCUUGUAUAUUGGUAUUGUGCAUUAUCUUUAUCUUAUGUACCACAGUUUGAGAAUGUAAUAUGUAAGGAUGAAGAAAACUUAUUUUCUAAAUGGAAGAUAUUUUUAUCUAAGCAAAAAUGUACUUUAGGAGAUAAGCUUGUAUUAUUUUAUUUUUUAGGAUAUACAAUCGUAGGGUGUUUUAUGUUUGUAAAUUUUUUACCAUGGACAUAA